UAAACUUCAGAGACUUCUCGGAGAUACGGAGAAAGACAGAUUUGACCUUGAGUCUCCUGAAAGUGAGAAGUUAACGGAUAGUGUAAGUGAGAAGGAGGAGAAGGAGAUUGAUGAAGUAGAAGCUGAGUCAAAGGAAGCGGAAAUCUCAGCCAUUUACGCAGUGCCAGUGAAAAGACGACAGAAAAAAGAAGAGCUUCCUCCCGGUUGGGAAAAGCACGAGAAGAAUCCUGUAUGUCAACAAGUACUUCUGGAUUUAAACCUAUGCAGGUUGUUGUUGUAUCCCUGGGUUGGUGUGAACUAGCAGAGGAAGAUCUAACAUCAGAGAACAGCAGUAGAGCAGUCAAUAGGUGUAUUGUCGAGCUAAGCAACAGGGAAGCUAAUAAUCAGGAGAGGGUUGGAGUAUGGGGAGAAGGUUUAGAUCUUAUCCUGGAGCUGGAUGAAGGUUCUCUCAAGCUCUUGGAGUCAGAUACAGGACGGGUUCUCAACUCUCAACCGAUCCAUGCUAUCAGAGUGUGGGGAGUAGGGCGAGACAAUGGUAAAGAUUUUGCCUACGUAUCCAGGGAUAAAGUUACAAGAAAGCAUGUUUGCCAUGUAUUCAGAUGCGAGGUAGCUGCUAGAACAAUAGCAAACGCUCUACGGGAUAUUUGUAAGAAGAUUUUAAUAGAACGGUCAUUAGCACAGUCAUCAAGCAAACUUACUGAGAAAUUAGUUUCAUCAGAUAGAAGAGACCGGACAGCCCCCCGACCCACUAGUCUAGCAGUUGAAUCUGGAAAAAAGCUGGCCCGCCCUGAACCUCAGGAAACCUUCCCAACACCUAUGGAGGAACCAAGGAAAAUAUUGAAGGCCUGGUACCUGGGUAGUUUGCAGGUUACACAGCCAGGUGGGAUGAAUACAAUUAACGCUGCUAUACAAGAGCUGACAGAAACCGUACCUAGAGAACAGUGGAGAACAGCUGCAGUUGCAGUAGCGCCGAGUACAGUUCAGGUUUCUUUUGUUGACGGGGUUGAACCUAUUGAAUGUCGAGUUAGAUUUCUCUCCUUCCUGGGUAUUGGCACAAAUGUCCAGCAGGCUGCGUUCAUCAUGCAUACAGCUCAGGACACGUUUAUCUGUCACGUGUUCCACUGUGAACCAACUGCUGGACCACUGUGCAAGACUAUAGAAGCUGCAUGUAAACUCAGAUAUCAGAAAUGUUUAGACGCCAGACCAAUCCGACCUGAUCAGAGCACUCCAACAAGAAACACAAUAGGUACAUUGAUAACCAAAAAACUCUGGAAUAGGAAGUCGACUUUGAGACUCAAGUUAAGACUUUGUGUAGUCCAAUGAAUAU